GACACUCGACAUCCCUGCGUCGUGACACACAGCUGAUCAUCAGUCGGCUCGCGACGCGCGUAUGUUUGCGAACGUGUUGAGCGGUUUGAGCGCGCGCGUUGUACGCGAACGAAAUGACGGCUGCGGUGUGACCGAGCGAGGUUUAUGUUCGCGCACUGGUGUCGUUUCACGUUCUCUAUGCGCCUAGACGACGACGAGGACAACGACGGCGACGAGGAGAUAGCGGGCAGCGACGGGCAGAAGUGUCGCCACGGCGAAGUUGUUUGGCGAGGGCGGAGAAAGAACGGAGCAGCCGGGUCGAUCGACGAGCCGACGGAGUCUAUGAGUGGCACGACGACGGCGGACGACGGUUGCGGAAAAGAACGACGGUGGAGGCGGCGCGACGACGACGCCGUUGGCACGCUUGGGUUCAUGACAAGGACUUGCGAGGAAGACUCCACGACGCGCAAGAGUGCAGCCGGACUCGCACGAAGCAUUAACGCGCACCUCCCCCUUAACGCCCCCGUCAUUGUCGCGCUAUCUACUAAACCGCGAAUAUUCAUCGGGAACGCACGCGCGCGCGCGCGCACACACACAAAACGAGUGAUAAAGAGCGUGUUCGGAAAGGAUAGAUAUAUUCCGAAAAAUAGGAAGGAGCGAGGAAGGAAGCGCGCGACGGCUAUUACCCUUCUCUCCCUUUAUCCUCUCUAAUUCUUUCUCUCUCCGUAUCUUUCCGUUUUGCAUUUAUCACCGUUCGUCGUUUUUUUCCGCUACCAUUUGAUACAUAUAGAUAUUCUCCGACGGCCUGUACGUUUUUAUCUCUCCGUGUAUCUAGCCGUGUGAAUAGACGGCAGCGCGUGUCGUUUUCGUUAUUCGGUGUGCGUAACACUCGCGCGCGUGAGUCGCGAAUAAAGGUCGAUGACGAUGCAACGGGUUCAAGAUCAGGACAAUGGAAUCAACAUCAAAUUCGGUUCAGGCAAGCACCGGAAGGCCGACUAUAGGCUGGUGUCGCAAAGCUCCGAUAACAACAAAGACCACCUCAACGGGACCAAUAAAUCAGAGAAAGGUGAGAAAGUGGAGGAGGAAUUAGUCCCACCGGAUGGAGGCUGGGGAUGGCUGGUGCUCCUGGCUGCCGUUAUGGUCAACCUUCUCAUUCCUGGCACUAUCAAAUCCUUCGGAGUAUUAUUCGUCGAAUUCCUUAACGUAUUUAAUGCGUCACCAGCGGCAGCUGCGUGGAUACCGUCGCUCUGUUAUUUUCUGUACAGUUCGCUGGGUCCACUCUCUAGUGUACUUUCAGUCAAGUAUUCCUAUCGUACGGUAACUUUAAUAGGGGGGACAUUUGCGGCGGCGGGAAUGAUGCUAAGCUACUACGCGGAUUCUGUGGCCUUUCUAUGCGUUAGUUAUGGUGUACUGGUAGGUACAGGAGCGGGAUUAGCGUUCCCUCCGACUGUAUAUAUCGUGACAUCUUAUUUUGUACGGCUACGAGGACUCGCCAAUGGACUUUGCAUAUCAGGCAGUGCAUUAGGGUCAAUAUUUCUUCCGCCUGUUCUGGGCUUUCUUCUACGAGAAUAUGGUUACAGAGGUGCGGUAUUAAUAAUGGGCGCCUUAACGCUAAAUGUUUGGGCGAGCGCGCUGUUAUAUCAUCCAGUGGAACGGCACAUGAUACCGGCUCAACCUCCGAACGAUGACGACGAGCGCGAUAACGGGGAGACGGACGUAUCGGUGACCGUCACCAGCAGCCCGGAGCCAAUCGAGAAGAGCAACAAUCAACUGAUUUUGUCGAACGACUCGAGCGAGAAGGCCGCUCCCAUCGUGCCGAAGAGCGCGUCCAGCGUCGCGCUGGAAUAUUACAAGAACACGCCGGUGCAGGGCCGCACGCGGAAGAUCAGCAUGCCGACCGGACGCGAGAUCAGCGGUCAGAUGCACAGCACGCCGACAUUGCACGCCGUGCCGGAACGCGGCAACGCCACGACCGAUUCCGGCAGAUAUCCCAAGACGCCUAGGACACCGCUGCACUCGCCCAGCACGUCGUCCUUCAAUUACGUCAGCACACCGUACCACGGUAGCACCCUGUCGGUCCUGCACGCGGAGCGCGCAUCCACGUUAACGUUAAACGCCAUCUCCAGCACGUUCACUAGGAAAUCGACGGUGGAACAGAAGCAGCGCGAGGGCAGCGGAAAGAGUCAAGAGAACAAGUUUUUCGACGUCAGCUUGCUCAAGGAUCCCAUUUACCUCGUCAUCCUCAUCUCCAAUUCCACCAAUGCCGUCAGCUAUACCAAUUUCGUUAUCUUGCUCCCGGCCUACGCGAUCUCCCUGGGCUUCGACAAUUGGCACGCGUCGCUGCUGCUGUCGAUUGUGUCCAUGCUGGAUCUGGUAGGCCGUAUCGGCGGCUCCGCUCUUUCCGACAUCAAGAUCAUGCCGAAGCACUGGUACUUCGUCGGCGGUCUCCUCGCUUCCGGGAUUUCCUUGGCCAUCUUGCCUACUUCCAACGCGUACACCAUGCUGUCCGUCUAUUGCGCCUGCUUCGGUCUCGCGUCCGGCAUCUACGUCGGCAUCACCGCCGUCAUUAUGGCCGACAUGCUAGGCACGGAGAAGCUCACCUCGUCCUACGGGAUAUCGUUAUUUGUCAAUGGCGUCAUUCAAUUGAUUGGCCCGCCCAUUUGCGGUAUAGUGUACGAACAGAUCGGUAGUUACGGACCGAUCUUCAGUAUACUCGGCAUUAUCUUGGUGUUCGGCGCAUCUCUCUGGGCCAUCGUGCCGUUCAUCCGGAGAAGACAGGCGGCAUCAGAGAAGUCCGCGAGAAUAGACAAAGUAUAGUAGACCAAAUAAAACGAAGAGUAAAGUUAAGGAUUUGUCCAUCGGUCUGGAUGUUUUUUCAUAGUUUUGUAGCAUAAGCAAUGAAACACUCGUUACAAAUCUCUUGAUGAUAUAAAUUUUGUUUUCGGUUAUUUCAUUAAGACGCUCAUGGACGGUGAAUGUGUAUUAAACGUUUGUGUAUUGUGUUAAAAAGAAAAGGAACAAAAUAUUUCUUCCACUUGGUAUUUGGACAAUAAAAUCUAAGAAAUGUAAAUAAGGUGGACAAAUUAAUAAUAUUUUAUUAUUUUGUUUACACACUGUCCC